GCAGCCGGGACGCGGAUGGGACGCCGGCGGAGCCAGAGAGCAUGCGCGUCCGCCCCGAGCAUGCCCAGUAGCUCGCGCGGCUCCCCGGAGCUCCGGCGCCGAUCGGCGAGCGACGCGGACGUCUCCGCGGGAGCCGGGGCAGCGACAGGAAGUGAAGCGGCCCCGCCGGGCGAGCGCGAGCGCGAGCGCGGCGGCAGAACCCGGGGCGGCGGCAGGGGCCGUGCGGCGGCGACGUCGUCGAGCGGGGAGGCCGAGGGAGCUGAGCGCCGGGGGCACACGGCCGCUCGGCAGCCAGACCCCGCGGGCAGCAUGGACCACCACCAGCUGGGGACUGGCCGCUACCAGGUGCUUCACAAUGAAGAAGAUCAUUCAGAAUCAUCUGCUGUAGAGCAGCCAUCAACUUCUAACUCAGCAGCUCAGACUGCGGAAGCUGCUGCUUCAGCAUCUGCACUGGAAGCUGACCCUUCUCCUCCCCCCUACAGUAGCAUUACUGUGGAAAUACCUACAACUUCAGAUACUGACAUUUACAGUGAGUUUUACCCGGUGCCACCUCCAUACAGUGUUGCUACCUCUCUUCCGACAUACGAUGAAGCUGAAAAGGCUAAAGCUGCUGUCCUGGCAGCCGCAGCGGCGGAAACACCUCAGAGAAACCAGGAGGAAGAGUGUACACCAAGAGAUGACUUCAGCGAUGUAGACCAGCUUAGAGUGGGCAAUGAUGGCAUUUUCAUGCUGGCGUUCUUCAUGGCAUUUAUUUUCAACUGGCUUGGAUUCUGCUUAUCGUUCUGUAUCACCAAUACCAUAGCUGGAAGGUAUGGUGCUAUCUGCGGAUUUGGCCUUUCUCUGAUCAAAUGGAUCCUUAUUGUCAGGUUUUCUGACUAUUUUACUGGCUAUUUCAAUGGACAAUAUUGGCUUUGGUGGAUAUUUCUUGUACUUGGCCUGCUCCUUUUCUUCAGAGGGUUUGUUAAUUACCUAAAAGUCAGAAACAUGUCUGAAAGUAUGGCAGCUGCACACAGAACAAGAUACUUCUUCUUACUGUAGAGACUGCAUCAAGCCAACAUUCCUUUCUUAUACCAAUGUGAAAUGUCCACAUCACCUGUAAACCUACAGCUUUGCUAAGAUAGAAGACUGCCGAGAGCAGAAGAAAACGUAGAGAGAGGUGGAGCUUCGGAAUUCAGUGGCAGGGUGGGUUAUGCUUAAAAGCCAUGUCUGCUCAUUCUUUAAUUAUCUGUACUUCAUUAUUUUGCACAUUUGUAUAUGUGCCUAUUUAAAAGAUACGCAUAUACUUGAAAGACUCCGUAAAGUUGUUGCAGCAAACUCCAGUCACACUUGGUUAAUCAGUGUUUGAUGUACUUGGAAGAGCUGAGUGAUAAACCCUUCCAGCAUGUAAGUGCUUCUGACUUGACCACUAGUGUAAUAAAAAUCACAUUAUUCAUCUUGUCAAACGCUUUAGUUUCUGGCUCUUAGAUUCAUCUCGUAUUUCCAAACAUGAACUAUUCUUUGCUAUAGAUGAUGUUUAUUAAAACUUGCAGUGUGAUUAUUAGAAAAGAUCUGUCAGAUUUUUGAGUAUGAUAUUAUUUAGGAAAACUGUAAAUAACCAUGCAUAAGUUGCUUUUCACAUUCUUUUCUUGGAAUCGUGUCUAGAUUUCUUUUCAUUAAUUUAAAAUUAAGUAAACUAAAUAUAUAGAAAUAGCUUUGUUAAAGAUAGAGUGGUUUCACAUGAACUUUAAGAAAAUGUGAGUAAACCAAAUGUUCUUUAAAGAAAAAAAAAUUUAAGAGGAAAUAAUAGUUUUAGGGAUUUUCAAAUGAGAAGCUUAUAUUUAAGGAUUACUCACCUUAGCAGUUCUUACAAGAAGGUAUUAUGUUAGAUUUUUAUAUUUAUUUACAUCUAAGACAAUUUAAAAAUUGAUUAUCAAAUAUUCUCAUUUGCAUUUGUCUUUUAAAAAGCCAAUAAAUGUAUCUUUCCAUAUUACUGUAAUCAUUUUUUUUCUUUAAAUGCUUAGUUUGUUAAACUUAGCAAAUAAAAUCUUGUUCUGUUAA